AUGUACGUGGACGUGGACAUGGACGUGGACAUGUACGUGGACGUCGACGUGGAAGUGGACGUGGACGUGGAGAACUUGGACGUGGACAUGGACGUGGACAUGGACGUGGACGUGGAUGUGGACGAAGACAUGGUCGUGGAUGUGGACGUGGACGUGGACGUGGACGUGGACGUGGACAUGGACUUAGACGUGGACGUGGACGUGGACGUGGACGUGGACGUGGUCGUGGACGUGGACGUGGUCGUGGACAUGGACGUGGACGUGGACAUGGACAUGGACGUGGACGUGGACGUAGACAUGGACGUUGACCUGGACGUGGACGAGGACGUGGACGUGGACAUGGACGUGGACGUGGACGUAGACAGGGACAUGGACUUGGACAUGGACGUGGACGUGGACAUGGACGUGGACGUGGACAUGGACAUGGACAUGGACGUGGACGUCAACGUGGACGUGGACAUAGACGUGGACGUGGACGUGGACAUGGAUAUGGACACUUCCGAUACUGACCGACCUGGCCAAUGCACCAUUUUCUCUAUACAUGUGCAUUGA